GCCGAGGCGGGGCCGCAGCAGCGCGGGGAAGAUGCGCUCGGCGGCGCGGACAGCCGGGUUCCUCCUGCUCUGCGGGGUGGCCUUGGGUCUCUACUUCCCCAGGAAGGAGUACUUGGAGAAUGUCUACAUUGACGAGCCAGCGGGAAUGCCGCUCCUGCGCAUCCAUGCCUUGAGGGAUUCACAUGAGGAAGUGGCCCACUUUCAUGUGUGCCAGAAUCUCAUAGUUCCUCGAGCAAGACCACAAGAAAAUAAUUGGUUCCAAAUCAGAGAAAAAACAGGACUUCUCUACCUCAGCAAAAGUCUGGAUAGAGAGGACUUUAACAUGCUGUCUGUAGGAAAUUGGAUGCCAUUAUCCAAGGUGAUGCUGUAUGUAUGUGUAUCCCACCCUUUCCAAGAGAAGGAUUGUGACUCCGCUGCACGCACCACGGUUUUCCUCUCUUUGAUCAAUGCCACUGCACCAGCUUGCAGUUCCCUGACAGCAAGGCAGCUUUGCUUCACAGAAAUGGAUCUCUCCUUUCACAUCAAGGAAAAUAAACCACCUGGUACAUUUCAUCAGCUCCAAUUACCCUCAGUUCAUCAUCUGUGUCAGAAUCUCAGCAUUUCCUACAAAUUGCUUGCAGCUGAAGGAGUUCCCUUUCGGUACAACGAGAACACCACCAGCGUGCGGGUGACACAGCGCCUGGAUCGGGAGGAGAGGGAGAGAUACGAGCUCAUUGCCAAGUGCACUGUCAGAGAGGGACUCAGGGAAAUGCAGGUUGAGGUGCCUUUCCUGGUGAACGUGUUAGAUGAAGAUGACUCUCCUCCCUUCCUUCCCAAUGGCACUGAUACUGCAGAUGCUGUCGUGGAGUUCAACAGGAAAGAGGGCACUGUUCUUUCCACGCUGACUGUGUACGAUGCAGACACCACACCCAUUUAUCCCCUUGAAAGCAGCAGAAAGAAAUACACAGGAACCAUCAUUACUGACGAUCCCUGGAUAAGUGAAACAUUUCGUGUAGAGCACAUCUUUGAUGAAAUCCACUUCAGCCCAAACGGCAGCCAAGUGAGGGGAACUCGGCACGAGUACAAACUGGUACUGAAUAAAAGCAUUUCCGUCACAGAGCAUCGUUCUUUCCAGCUGGAUGUUUUGGUGAAUGACACAGAAUUUCCUGGCCCAGAAAGAUCGGUGAUGCUUCAUUUCAAUGUCUCCAUCCUCCCUGUCAGCAUUCAGUUUUCAAACAUAACUUACCAGUUCACAGUGAACAGAAAUGCUGAACGUUUUGCACAAGUAGGAAAGAUCUGCAUUGAAAACUGCAUGAAAUUCCGUGGUGUAAACAUCACCUACAGGUUGCUGUCCCCCAACUCGAGCUGCUAUCCUGUCAGCAUUCUGCAAGGCCGAGAGGACAAAUUUGGGAGCCUCUAUGUGAACGAUUCCUCUGUGCUACGCAGACCUGAAUGCAAGGAGAUACAAUACACUGUUCAAGCUACAGACAAGCAGAGCAGGAAGCACACCAAAACCCUCCUCACUGUUGUCCUGGAAGGGACUCUUUUAAAAAAAGAAGAGGACUGCCCUGACUCUUGUGCUAUAAGUAAGCACCGUGCUGAAUGUGAAGAGUGCGGUGGCCUGGGAGUGCUAACAGGAAGAUGCCAGUGGAGACAGGGGAGUGGGAAAGGGAUCACCACAAACUACUCCACGUGCACCCCAAGCAUCAAGACUUGUCCAGAUGGGAUCUGUGACGUGGUGGAGGGCAAAGACCCGGCUGUGUGUCCCCAAGACUGCACAAGUGGAAACAUUAUUGGUGGCCAUGGGAAGGGCAUUGGAAAUCUUGGAAUUAAGUCAGGACAUGGGAUUUGUUACUGCUUCCCAAGACAGAAUUGUUAUUGUGAGAAAGAUGAUAUCAAAGAGCAACUGUGCGAUGACUUGUGCAAGACUGUGAUCACAGGGGCAGUGGUGCUGUGCUUCAUCAUCUCCGUGCUGGUUUCUUUCUAUUGCAUCCACCGUUACCACAAGAACUCCCCGAAGCCGCCCAUCGCCUCCGCGGAAAUGACGUUCCGGCGCCCGGUGCAGCCCUACCCCAUCAGCUACUCUUCCAGCAACGUCCGCCGGCCUUCCCUGGAUUCCAUGGAGAACCAGGUGUCUGUGGACACCUUCAAAAUACCAGAAGAUCCAAAGUGGGAAUUCCCUCGGAAGAACUUAGUUCUGGGCAAGACUCUUGGAGAAGGAGAAUUCGGAAAGGUCGUCAAGGCAACGGCAUUCCGACUUAAGGGAAGGGCUGGCUAUACCACUGUGGCAGUGAAAAUGUUGAAAGAAAAUGCUUCCCAGAGUGAGCUGCGAGAUCUCCUGUCAGAGUUCAACCUUCUGAAACAAGUCAACCAUCCUCAUGUCAUCAAACUUUAUGGAGCCUGCAGUCAAGAUGGCCCGCUGUAUUUAAUUGUGGAAUACGCCAAAUACGGCUCCUUGCGCAGUUUCCUCAGGGAAAGUCGAAAAGUAGGCCCGAGCUACGUGGGCAGUGAUGGCAACAGAAAUUCCAGUUAUUUGGAUAACCCUGAUGAGAGAGCCUUAACGAUGGGAGACCUGAUCUCGUUUGCAUGGCAGAUAUCCCGAGGGAUGCAGUACCUUGCAGAAAUGAAGCUUGUGCAUCGGGAUUUAGCAGCCAGGAACGUGUUGGUGGCAGAAGGGCGCAAAAUGAAGAUUUCUGAUUUUGGCCUCUCACGUGAUGUAUAUGAAGAAGAUUCGUAUGUAAAGAGGAGCAAGGGUCGAAUCCCUGUGAAAUGGAUGGCCAUAGAGUCACUAUUUGACCAUAUCUACACAACACAAAGUGAUGUAUGGUCAUUUGGAGUUCUGCUAUGGGAGAUUGUUACUUUAGGAGGCAAUCCUUACCCAGGUAUUGCUCCUGAAAGACUCUUUAACCUCCUAAAAACAGGCUAUAGAAUGGAGAGACCAGAAAACUGCAGUGAAGAAAUGUACAGCCUCAUGUUGCGCUGUUGGAAGCAAGAAGCUGAUAAAAGACCAACAUUUACUGAGAUCAGCAAGGAACUAGAGAAAAUGAUGGUGAAGAGUAGGGACUACUUAGACCUUGCAGCUUCCACGCCCUCCGAUUCCUUACUGUACGAUGAUGGGCUCUCAGAAGAGGAGACACCUCUCGUGGACUGUAAUAAUGCUCCCCUCCCUCGAACCCUCCCUUCCACAUGGAUUGAAAACAAACUCUAUGGCAUGUCAUACCCGAACUGGCCUGAGGAGAGCCCCGUUCCACUCACAAGAUUCGAUGGCACUAACUCUGUGUUUUCAAGAUAUGCAAAUGAUAGUGUAUAUGCUAACUGGAUGGUUUCACACUCAGCGGCAAAAUUUAUGGACAAGUUUGAUAGCUAAAAGUUUCUUUGUGAAAGGUAAUGGACUCCUGAGGAAAGCAAGGAGGCAAAGAGUGGGAAGUCCAUUGACGUGUUCUUUGUACAAUCAACAACGAACUUUCAAAUUGGCAAAUCCCUUUAUUGGUAGUUUUUCAAGUGUGUUAUUUAUGCUGAAGACUAUAAUUGAUACUCUCCCCUUUCAGAAAACAUAUCAAGCUGGAUAAGAGUUGUAGUUCUGGUACUUCUUUCUAAGUUGCCAGUUUGCAUAUGGUUCCAUUUGGCAACUUCUUAGUGCAAAUGGCCUUGCACUUCAUCCUCAGUGGUUUUUAGACUAACCAUCCUGUGUUACAGCGUUCUGGGAUGGUAAAACGUACUUGAACUGCUACUUUUAUAGUGGCUGUUAGCAUACAACCACUCGAUCUAAGCAGGAAGCACAAACAAUAUAUAGAAGGGAGGAGGGCAACAGGCUCCCAGAUGACUGAACUUGCUAUCAGAUGACAAGUGUUAGAAUGACGUUGGCACUAACAAAGCCAAUAUCUUGGUUUGGAAGCAAACAUUUAGUAACUCAAUAGAGGACUUGAGAUUCAACAUUUGAAGUCUUGUAAAAUGUAUUGUCUUGUCUUAAUGAGAAGAGAAUUUGUUUUAUUAGUCUUAACUUCUCUUACCUUUAGCACAAUGGAGAUAAAUUUGAUACAAGAUAAGCUGUAUAGACUGAUGGCAAUCAAGAAUGUUCAUCUAACACAUUUACUUUCCAUUACUUUCCAUAUUAGUAAUGUUAAAACAUAGAGUCUUAUACAAUCAUAGUUUCUUUUAUGAGUUAAAAAUAGGCUAUACAGGAUUUUUAGACUGAAUUCAUAGAAUAGAGUAGAAUAGUAACAUCAUAGAAUGGUUUGUGUUGGAAAGGAACUUGGAGGUCAUCUAGCUCCAACUCCCUGCUUCGCUGCCCACUCCUCUGCUGUGGGGAGGAACACCUUCCACUAAACCAGGUUGCUCAAAUUCCCAUCCAACCUGGACUUUAACACUGCCAGGGAUGUGGCAUCCACAACUUCUCUGGGCAGCCUGUUCCCGUACCUCAUAACCUUCACAGUAAAGAACUUCUUUUUAAUAUCUAACCUAAACCUGCCUUCUUGCAGUUUAAAGCCAUUUCCCUAUCCUAAUGUUACAUGCCCCGAUAAAAAACUCCCUGUCAAGCUUUCCUGUGGCUCCCUUUAGGUACUGAAAGGCUGCUCCAAGGUCUCCCCAGAGCCUUCUCUUCUCCAGGCUGAACAGCCAACACUCUCUUACCCCUCUGACAGUCUUUGUGACCCUUGUCUGGACCCGCUCCAACAGGUCCAUGAAGUCCUUAUGCCGGGGAUGCCAGAGCUGAUGCAGCACUCCAGGUUGGGUCUCAAAAGAAGAGAGUAGAGGAGGAGAAAGCCAUCCUUGACCUGCUCCCCACACUGCUUUUGAUGUAGCCUGGGAUACAGUUAGCUUGUUGGGCUGUAAAAAUAUAUUCCGUGGUCAUACUGAGCAUCUCAUCAAUCAACACCCCCAAGUCCUUUUCCCCAGGGCUGCUCUCAGUCCGUUCUCCAGCCAUCCUGUCUUCGUGCUUGGGAUUGCCAUGACCCAGGUGCAGGACCUUGUCUUGCCUUGUUGAACUUGCUGUGGGCCCACUCUCAAGCCUUUCAAGGUCCCUGUGGAUGGCAUCCCUUCUCUCCAUUGUGUCAGCUGCACCACACAGCUUGGUGUCAUUGAAAAACUUGCUGAGGGUGCCCUCGAUCUGCUGUCGAUGUCACCGACUAGGGUGUCAAACAGUGCCAGUCCCAAUACUGAUCCCUGUGGAACAGCACUCAAUCACUGGUUUCCACUUGGACAUUGAACUGUUGACAGCAACUCUGAGUGUGACCAUCCAGCCAAUUCCUUAUCCACCACAUGGUCCAUCCAUCAAAUCCAUGCCUCUCCAGUUUCAAGACAAGGAUCUAAGAUAUGUAAGACACAUCUUAGAUAUGCAGAUAUGCUCUGCACAAGUCCAGGUAGAUGGCAUCAAUCGCUCUUCUCUUACCUACCGACACUGUAAUUCUGUCAUAGAAGGAUGUUUUUUAGGGUUUGCCCUUAGUGAUGCCAUGUGGGCUGUCACCAAUCACCUUAUUUUCCAUAUUUUGUCAUCAGGUUCCAUGGACUUGUGGACCCUCGGGUUCCUUAGCUGGUUCGGAAGCUGAUCUUUCCCUAUGGUGGGUGGUUCUUUAUUCUCACAGUCCCUGCCUUUGCCACCUCAGCAAAGGGGCUCGUGCCUUGGGCACUUGGGCCUCAGUGGCUGAUCAACUGGCUGGUGAAGACCGAGGCAAAAAUGUACUCAAUGACAUUGAGUACCUCAGCCUUCUCCAUGUCCCAGGUAACCAAGUCUCUCAUUUCAUUCUGGAGAGGGCUCACAUUUUCACUGAUGUACCCGUAGAAGCCUUUUUUUGUUGCCCUUGAUGUCCCUGGCCAGAUAGAAUUCUAUCAGGGCUUUAGCUUCCUGACCUGAUCCCUGGCUGCUUGGACAAUUGCUCUGUAUUCCUCUUGGGCUAUCUGUCCUUGCUUUCACCCUUUUUCUGUGGGGGAAGCAUAGGUUUCCUUUUUGUGUUUGAGUUUGUCCAGGAGUUCCUUGUUCAUCCAUGCAGGUCUCCUGACAUUUUUGCCUGACUUCCUCUUUGUUGCAUUGGUCCUGACCUUGCAAGAGGUGAUCCUUGAAUAUUAACCAGCUUUCUUGGGUCACUCUUCCUUUCAGGGCUUUAUCCCAUGGUACUCUACCCAGAAGAUCCCUGAAGAGGCCAAGGUGUGCCUUCCUGAUGUCCAGGUCAGUGAGCUUGUGGUGUGCCACCUUGCUGGCCUGAGGAUAUUGAAGUCCACCAUUUCAUGGUCACUGCAGCCAAGGCUGCCCUUGAGAUUCACAUUGCCCACCAGCCUCUCCUUAUUGGAAAGAACAAGGUCCAGCAUAGCAACUCUCCUCAUUUACUCCUCUGUCACUUGGAGAAGUAAGUUAUCCAUGUAUUCCAAGGAUCUCAUGCCCUGCUGUGUUGUCCCUCCAGUGGAUAUUGAGGUAGUUGAAGUCCCUCAUGAGGACCAGGGCUUCCUCAUGAGGCAGCGCCUCUGUCUGUAGAGGGUCUCAUCUGCUUGGCUGUCAUCUCCUGCUUGGGUGGCCUUAGACUCCCAUUAUAAUGUCACUUGUCCUUGCCCUCUCUUUAAUCCUCAUCCAUAAACUCAUCGAACCCCA